AUGGAUUACAUCAGCAUCCCGGAUUAUCCUGAGCCCCUUCCACGUGAGGUGGCUCUUCACAAGCUUGCCUGUGAGGGAAAAUUCGCUCCUGAGAUCGUCCGGCUCUUGGACUGGCAACUGUUUCCAGACCACUACAUCAUGGUCUUAGAGUACCCUUCUCCCUGCAUGGAUUUGCUUGAUUUUACUUCGAGCAAAGGGGGAAAACUCAACGAGGACUUAGCCAAAGACAUCAUGUGGCAGGCAACCAUGGCUGCUUACAUGUGCUGCCAACGGGGAGUUUUCCAUCAUAAUAUCAAAAUGGAGAACCUCCUCAUAACAACAGACACCCUAUUUGUCAAACUCAUCAACUUUGGGUGCAGCGAUUUACUUGAAACCUCAAUUUACAAGACAUUUAUGGGCACAAGAGACUAUGCCUGCCCAGAAUUUUUCAAAACGGGCAAGUACCAUGGCAAGCCGGCAACGGUGUNAAUCAAUUGCUGCCAGUAUGAGAUCGGCAGAGAGCUGGGCCAAGGCGGUUUUGGAACCGUCUAUGAGGGAACCCGUGUGCGGGAUGGCGUGAAGGUGGCAGUGAAAGUUGUCAGGAAGAACGAGCAUGUAAUGAAGGAUUACAUGGACAUCCCGGGUUAUCCUGAACCCAUUCCUCGAGAGGUCUAUCUUCAGAUGCUUGCCUGUAAGGGAGAACAUGUUCCUGCAAUCGUCCAGUUUCUGGACUGGCAGGACCGUCUGGACCACUAUGUCAUGGUCCUGGAGUGCCCUUCUCCCUGUGAGGACCUGUUGAGUUUCAUGGUGCGCGCAGGAGGCAGACUCACCGAGAAAACAGCGAAGGAUAUCAUGUGGCAAGCGACUGAAGCCGCUGAAAUCUGCAGCAUACGGGGAGUUUUCCAUAGGGACAUAAAAUUGGAAAACUUCCUGAUUAACCUGAACACGCUGGAGGUCAAACUGAUCGACUUCGGGUGCGGUGAUCUGCUUAAAAACUCAGCUUACACAGAUUUUAUGGGUAUGUUUUAUCACUUUCCUUUAUGAACAGCAGUUUACAUAAAUGCUAGAUGAUUUUGCAGAUAUUGUGAGACAUCACAUUUAUUGCACGCUAAUCUGUUCUCCUCAGGCACAGAAAUGUACUUCUGCCCUGAAUUCUUCCAUACGGGCGAGUACUAUGGAAAGCCGGCGACGGUGUACUCGCUCGGGGUGCUGUUUUUCGCCAUGUUGUGCGGAAAUUUCCCCAGCGUCCAUGACCUGGACCAGAUAAAUGAGAGGAGGUGGUGCAAAGACGGCUUGACUAUAGGUGAGAUCUUCAUCAGACCAACUGUAGUUCUGAAUGAUAGAAAACAGAACGAGUGCUUUGAUAAAAGAAUUGAAUAA